CGCCGUGGGGGCCGCGCGUCCCUCGCUGCCUCCCUGCGCCAUGAGGAACCUGCGGCUGCUCCGGGCCGGCGGGCACCGCUGCGCCGCCGCCGCGGGCACCCCGCGGUGCUUCUGCCUCGGUGCCGAGCCCGGCACGGUCCUCGUGGGCUCGCAGUACGGCCUGGUGGAGCUGCGCCCCGGCGGGGACUCGGUGACAAGAGAAGUUUCCUUGGUUGAGGAGGGUUUCUUGCCUGAGGAUGGAAGUGGCUGCAUCGUGGGUAUCGAAGAUCUUCCAGAGCAGGAGUGUGUGUGUGUUGCUACAGCAGCUGGAGACAUCCUGCUCUGCAGUCUGAGCACGAAGCAGGUGGAAUGUGUUGGAAGUGUGGACAGCGGUCUGAGUACCAUGAGCUGGAGUCCUGACCAAGAGCUUGUUUUGCUUGCAACAGGUCAGCAAACACUCAUCAUGAUGACAAGGGAUUUUGAACCAAUUACUGAGAAGCAAAUCCACCAAGAUGAGUUUGGGGAAGGAAAGUUUGUUGCUCUUGGUUGGGGAAAAAAGGAGACACAGUUCCAUGGAUCAGAAGGGAAACAGGCAGCACAUCGCAAACAGACGGAAGUGUUGCCGACCUCAGCCUGGGACGAUGGGAGGCCUCGGGUGACAUGGAGGGGAGACGGGCAGUUUGUUGCAGUGAGUGCUGUCUGUCCAGAGACAGGUGCUCGGAAGGUCAGGGUGUGGAACAGAGAGCUUGUGCUGCAGUCAACAAGUGAGCCUGUCUCAGGAUUACAACAAGCACUGUCCUGGAAGCCUUCUGGAAACCUGAUAGCAUCUACACAAGAAAAACCCAACAGACAGGAUGUGGUUUUUUUUGAGAAAAACGGACUUCUCCAUGGCGAAUUCACCCUGCCAUUCCAGAAAGGACAGGUCAAAGUUAAUGAAGUGCUUUGGAAUGCGGAUUCUACGGUCCUGGCUGUCUGGCUGGAAGACCUCAAGGUGGAAAACUCUAGACCAAGCACUUAUGUUCAGCUGUGGACCACAGGGAACUAUCACUGGUACCUGAAGCAAAGUCUGCAUUUUGGUAGCUUGGAGGAAGAUCAGUUGGUGUCACUGCUGUGGGACCGAGAGAACCUGUAUAGACUGCAUAUACUCUGCCAGGGCUGGCAUUACCUCUGCUAUGACUGGCACUGGGCCACGGACCAUGGGACGGGGGAGAACGGUCAGCAUGUGGCCAAUGUGGCUGUCAUAGAUGGAGAUAAAGUACUUGUCACAGUGUUCCAGCAUGCUGUGGUGCCUCCACCCAUGUGUACCUAUGAGCUCCAGCUCCAACAGGCAGUUAAUCAGGUUGCAUUUCACACAGAUCUCAAUCAUAGUGGGGAUAUGGCUGUCCUGGAUGCUGAUAACAGGAUCUCUGUGUACAGAUAUGGGCAGAGUACGGUGAAUGACCCUACUGUCAAGUUAGGAGCCGUGGGUGGCAAUGGAUUUAAAGCAGCUGUGGAAACACCAUACCUGGAUAAAACCUACAGAGUUGAUGUGGGCCGUGACAACAGUGAAGCGAUGGAUCCUCUGGGGCUCCGAUUUCUCACCUGGCUGCCAGAUGGCAGCUUCCUGGUGGUUGGUCAAGGUCAUGGUGCUGCUCAGUCUGUCCUUCACCAUCUGACUGCAGUGCCUCACGUGGCUGGAGCUGAGGAACAGUGCCUGAAUUUACGGUUGUCUACACCUGUAGAUGGAGAAGUGAUCAGCCUGUACUGCAGCCCAGUGACCAAAACUGUAGCUCUGCAGUUGGCUGAUAGACAGAUCCUAAAAUACCUGUGGGAGGCUGCUACUCCAGUUCUUGAGCCCUGGCGGACGAGCAGUGGCUCUGCUGUUCGGUUCCCGUAUCCUUGUGUGCAGACUUCUAUCACGAGGAUCAGUGGUGAAGUAAGUGAGACUGAGGUGAUCCUGGGCCUCACAGAUCGAUGCCGUUUUUUUGUUAAUGAUGUUGAGGUUGCUUCCAACAUCACCUCAUUCACAACAUACAAUGAGUUUUUGUUGGUGACAACCAACUCCCACACUUGUCAGUGCUUCUGCUUAAAGAACUUAUCAGUGAAAGCCCUGCAGGCUGGCCUGAGCGGUGCUGCUGCACCCAACAGUGAGACCCUGCGCAAGGUGGAGCGAGGGUCACGCAUCGUCACCGUCGUUCCCCAGGACACGAAGGUCGUGCUGCAGAUGCCAAGAGGAAAUCUGGAGACUGUUCACCACCGAGCUCUGGUUCUUGCCCAGAUUCGGAAGUGGCUAGACAGGCUUAUGUUCAGGGAAGCUUUUCAGUGUAUGAGGAAGCUGCGAAUCAACCUCAAUCUUCUCUAUGACCACAAUCCCAAGGUAUUUCUGGAAAACACAGAAACCUUUAUCAGGCAAAUAGAUUCUGUGAACUAUAUCAACUUAUUUUUCACAGAACUGAAAGAAGAAGAUUUCACAAAGAGCAUGUACCCAUCUCUGAAUGGUAGCAGUAAUACCCAACCACGCCAGCAUUCUGAUCAGAAGAAAGUUAACCUCAUAUGUGAUGUGAUGAGGGUUGCCAUGGAACACAUUGAUCCUCAAAAAUACUGCCUAUCAAUACUGACAGCACAUGUAAAGAAAAGUCCUCCAGAACUGGAAAUUGCUCUCCAGAAGGUUCAUGAUCUUCGAGAAAACUUUACUCCAGAUAUCAAAGCUGUGAGUGCAGAAGAAGCACUGAAGUACCUGCUUUUCCUUGUGGAUGUCAACGACUUGUAUGAGUAUUCCUUGGGGACAUAUGACUUUGAUUUAGUCAUCAUGGUGGCAGAGAAGUCUCAAAAGGACCCAAAAGAAUAUUUGCCCUUCUUAAAUACCCUCCGGAAAAUGGAAACCAAUUAUCAGCGAUACACAAUAGACAGACACUUGAAGAGAUACACAAAAGCUCUUGGGCACCUCAGCAAAUGUGGUCCUGAACACUUCCCUGAAUUUCUGAACUUGGUGAAGGAUCAGAAUCUGUAUGGUGAGGCGCUGAAGCUGUAUCCCUCUAGCACUCAGGAGUACAAGGACAUCAGCGAUGCAUAUGGGGAGUACUUGAUUCAGAAGCAGCUGUGUGAACAGGCUGCACUGAUAUUUGCUCGUGCUGGCAUCUUUGCAAAAGCACUCGACGCUUUUCAGAGCAGUGGCAGCUGGCAGCAGGCCCUGUGCAUGGCAUCACGGCUUGGCUACACAAAGGAUGAGCUCUCCAGUCUGGCACGGAGCAUGGCAGGAAAACUAGUUGAACAGAGAAGGCAUGCAGAGGCAGCCAUACUCCUGGAACAGUAUGCUCAGGACUAUGAAGAGGCUGUUCUCCUGCUCUUAGAAGGGGCUCUUUGGGAAGAUGCUUUAAGGCUGAUUCACAAGUAUGGUAGACUGGAUAUCUUGGAGACCAACUUCAAACCUGCUAUUCUAGAAGCUCAGAAAAGUCAGCUGAUCUUCCUAGAUUCUCAGAAAACAGCAUUUCUCCGCUACAAGAGUCGCCUGCAAGUGGUCCGAGAGAUGAAGGAGAAGGCCUGUGAGAGCCUGCAGGAUUAUGAAGUGCCGAAUUGCCCAGAAUUGGAGCUUUUCUCUGAAACCAGCAGUAUUGUGACAGCCAGUGACAUGAACAGCAAAUAUUCACACAGCAAUUCAAGGAUAUCAGCGCGAUCCUCAAAGAACCGGCGCAAGGCUGAGCGGAAGAAAUACAGCUUGAAGGAGGGGAGUCCUUUUGAAGAUAUUGCCCUUCUGGAAGUCCUGGGAGAAAAUGUUCGUGCUGUUGAGUCUGUGAAAGGAGAUAUACACAUCCUUCUAAAGCAGCUUGUGCUCUUUGGUUAUGAUGAACAAGCUGGGGCACUGCAGCAAGUCCUGGAAGAGGUUUGGCAGUUGAUGGAGACCUCACUCCCAGAAAUCUGGACUCCAGACCUGCAACAGAGCUCUGUCAACCUGGUCCUGGGACCCAAUUCAACUGCAAACAGCAUUAUGGCUGCCUACCAGCAGAAGAGGAUGAUGCCUCCUGUUGUACAAGAUCCAGAUGUAUUUACUCCACCAAAAUUCAAUAAAAAUCUACAGUGGAAACUGCAUCUUCUGCAGUAACUAAAAGCCAAGGAAUUCCUGUAACUUUUCAUAUAACUUCAUUGUAUCUUUACAGAAACUGUUGUUGUUCUGUCCUGUUCUUAGUGCUGUCCAAGUGAAGGGUCCCUCCGCCUGAUGCAGCUGUAACUGUGACCUCUAUGGUGUCACACUCAUGGGGACAGCCACUCACAUCUCUCAGCAGAGAUAGUUUGUGAGGCUGGGGAGCAAAAGGGGGUGCAGCUCUGAGUGCUGCUGGCUGAAUCCAGCAUCUCCCGCUGCUGUUGCCUCCCUUCUGGAUGAAGCAAUCCCACCAAUAUUGAAUGGGCUGUUUCUCUGCCAUCACUGCCUCCCAUGGACGGUACAUGCCAUGAUGACAGGCCACAUUUUAAGCACUUCAGCCUGCUUUAGGUCUCACCAGGAAGUCUGUACCAAUAGCGAACUGUUGCAGUUGCUAAACAAAUUAACUGUGUUUUCUCUGCUGCAGUUGGAUGUUGCCAAUACCAGUUUUAUAUCAGUAUUGCUUUGUUACAUCAGAGUGAACCCCGCAGUGCCAACAGCCAUUGCUGUCCUGAAACUGUGCCUUUCACACCAGGGAGAUCUUAAGCAGAGGAAAAUAUGAAUAAAAGGGCAGAAGGUGUCAGUG